GCUUCUUUCACGACAAUGGCCUCCGGCAGUCAGCAGUUCCCUCCUCAGACCCAAGAGCGCCAACCCGGCAAAGAACACGCCAUGGAAGCUGUACCUCGGGCCACCAGCGAAGAAUACAAGCCGGCUAACAAGCUUCAAGGUAAGGUAGCGCUUGUGACCGGAGGGGACUCCGGUAUAGGUCGGGCGGUGUGCUACUGCUUCGCACUGGAGGGUGCGACGGUGGCAUUUACGUAUGUCAAGUCUCAGGAGGAUAAGGAUGCGAAUGACACCCUCCAGAUGCUGAGGCAGAACAAAAGGAGCAAUGCGAAAGAUCCCAUUGCAAUCCCAGCUGACCUUGGCUACGAGGAGAACUGCAGGAAGGUGGUGGAGGAAGUGAUGAACACGUAUGGCUGCAUCGAUAUCCUGGUGAACAAUGAUGCGGAGCAGUACGUGCGCCCGUUGAUCACCGAGAUCACUGAGCAGCAGCUGGAGAGAGUCUUCAGAACCAACAUCUUCUCCUACUUCUUCGUGUCCAAGUUCGUGGUGAAGUACAUGAAGGCCGGAAGUAGCAUCAUCAACACCACGUGGGUGAACGCCUACAAGGGUAACGCCAAGCUACUGGACUACACGUCCACCAAGGGCGCGAUCGUGGCCUUCACCAGGGCGCUAGCCCUGCAACUGGUGGAGCGGGGGAUCCGCGUCAACGGCGUGGCGCCGGGCCCGGUGUGGACGCCGCUGAUACCGGCCUCCUUCCCCCAAGAACAGGUGGCCAACUUUGGGAAGCAAGUCCCGAUGGGGAGAGCCGGGCAACCCAUCGAGAUCGCCCCCUCGUUCGUCUUCCUUGCAGCUACUCCAGACUCGUGGCCUUGGAUUUCUUACUCCUCGUUGGCUUCUCUCUUGUUGUGUGCAGGCGGAACUGUAGUGAAUGGUUGA